AGCCUUUUUGGACAUUUGCCCGCGUAGAGCUUGGAGCCAUGGCGCCGCUCUGCAAGCUGGUCAUUGAGGCCUCUUGCACCGCGACAAACCCGGGAGAGGAGCUCUUCGCCGUGGGGUCCUGCAAGGAGCUGGGCUCUUGGGAUCCCGUCAAGGGCUUGCAGCUGGAGACGACCCCGGAGAUUUUCCCCCGAUGGCUCUCCGCGCAGGUCGAGGUCAUUCCGGGCAAGGUCAGUUUUAAGCUGGUCAUCGUGGGGCCUGGUGGUGCCCGUUGGGAGGGCGGUGAGAACAGAACGAUGGAGAUCAAGGAGGGUCAGAGCAAGGUGACUUGCAGCUUUGGAAGUGACGACACGAGCGUGGCCAGUCUUGAGGAGUCCAAGAAUGGUGGCUACAAGGCGCCUGAAACAGAGGCUCCCAAACCAGAGGCCAAGGAUGAGCCUCUCAAGGAGGAGCCCGAGGCUGCUGGCGGUGAGGCGCCGCCCAUGGAGAAGCGCCAGUCGAGGCAUCUGUUCCAGAUGCAAGAUGGCAGCAUCAACAUGGACAUGACGCGCACGCCGAGCCUCAUGAUGGUGGACAUGGAGACCUUCCAUGGCGAAGCGGCUGCAGAGGAGGCACACCUAGCGGAGCUGGAGAGGGAGCGUUUGAACGCGCAGCAGAGGCGCAUGACCAGCGGAACCCUCUUGAAGGAGAUGCAAAAGAUCACGGAUUAUGCGGAUCCUUCUGACACCGUGAUGCUGCAGGGCUUCAACUGGGAAAGCCACAAGGCUGGAAAGGGCAAUUGGUAUGGCGUCGUGGAGUCCAAGGUGGACAUGUUUGCGGAGAUGGGCAUCACAGACAUUUGGCUUCCGCCGCCCUCCCAGUCCGUAGCGCCUCAGGGCUACUUGCCCUCCCAGCUGUUCAACCUGGAUGCCUCAGCAUACGGCAAGAAGGAUGCCCUGAAGCAGCUGCUUGCGACCAUGCGCGACAAGGGCCUGCGCGGCGUGGCGGACAUUGUCAUCAAUCACCGCUGUGGCGACAAGCAGGAUUCCGAGGGCCGGUGGAACGUCUACACCUCCACGGGCAUCGAGCACCGGAAGAGCUUUGCCGGCAUCAUGGACUGGCAAGGCUGGGCCAUCACUUUGGGGGACAAGUUCUCGGACGGCACCGGCAAGAGCGGCCCGGGCCAGUUCGACGACAAGUUCGACGCUGCCCCAGACAUCGACCACAGCAACGAGCAGGUGCAGAAGAGCAUCUCCAUUUGGCUGCGAUGGCUGCGCCUGGAGAUCGGCUUCGAUGCUUGGCGCUUCGACUUUGUCAAAGGCUACAGCUCGGAGUACGUGGGCCUCUACUGCAAGAAGAGCGAGCCCGCCUGGGCCGUGGGCGAGCUCUGGCUUGACAUGGUGUAUGAUGGCGAUGGCCUGAGCUACAACCAAGACAAGCACAGGCAAGACACCGUCAACUGGAUCAACGCUACUGACAAAGAGAGCACCGCUUUUGACUUCACAACCAAGGGCAUCUUGCAGGAGGCAGUGCGGAACUGCCAGUACUGGCGGCUGAAGGAUCCCAACGGCAAGCCACCAGGGCUCCUCGGGUGGAUGCCCAGCCAUGCGGUGACCUUCCUCGACAACCAUGACACCGGCAGUACCCAGGCGCACUGGCCGUUCCCGGGCGACAAGGUCAUCGUCGGCUACGCCUACAUCUUGACCCAUCCAGGCAUCCCCAGCAUUUUCUGGGACCAUGUCUGCGAUUGGGGCGAUGACAUGCGAAAGCGCAUCACCACGCUGCUGAAGCUGCGGAAACAGAGCGGCGUCCAGGUGGACGACAAGGUCAACAUUACUUGUGCUGAUGCGGACCUUUACAUUGCGGAGAUCGGAGAACCCGCGACUCUGCGGGUCGCGCUGGGGCCGCGGCACAGUGAUGCGGAUGGCGGCUACUGGCAGCAGGCUGCGAAUGGCAACGACUACCGCGUCUGGAUCAGCAAAGCCAAAGCCUGAGCGACCAUAGCCAGCUUGGCUGCCUGCCAGCUCUCCGGCAGAGUUAAGCGACAAUUUUCGUCUCAUUUUUCAACGCCGCCUUCGUGGCAAGAGUUUUGGAUUCUUAGCCGGAGUGCAGAGCCGCACACAGCGGCUUUUGACGUGUACA